UGGCCUGACGGCCGCGAGGAUUCCUUUCGCUUGACCCGGCCCGUCUUGACCCUGUCCGGGCGCGCCAUGUUCGCGCGUGGGUCCCGGCGGCGCCGCUCCGGGCGCGCGCCUCCUGAGGCAGAGGACCCAGACCGUGGACAGCCCUGCAACUCCUGCAGGGAGCAGUGCCCUGGCUUCCUGCUGCAUGGCUGGAGAAAGAUCUGCCAGCACUGCAAAUGCCCUCGGGAGGAGCAUGCCGUGCACGCAGUACCUGUGGACCUGGAACGCAUCAUGUGUCGGCUAAUCUCAGACUUCCAGCGCCACUCCAUCUCAGAUGAUGACUCAGGCUGUGCCUCAGAGGAGUAUGCCUGGGUGCCCCCUGGUCUCAAGCCAGAGCAGGUAUACCAAUUUUUCAGCUGCCUCCCAGAGGACAAGGUCCCCUACGUCAACAGUCCCGGGGAAAAAUACAGGAUCAAGCAGCUGCUGCACCAGCUGCCCCCACAUGACAGUGAGGCGCAGUACUGCACCGCACUGGUAGAGGAGGAGAAGAAAGAGCUCAGAGCCUUCAGCCAACAGCGGAAACGGGAGAAUCUGGGGCGUGGCACUGUGCGCAUCUUCCCAGUGACCAUCACUGGGGCCAUCUGUGAGGAGUGCGGGAAGCAGAUUGGAGGUGGGGACAUCGCAGUGUUUGCCAGCCGAGCAGGCCUGGGUGCCUGCUGGCACCCCCAGUGCUUUGUGUGCUCCACGUGCCAGGAGCUGCUGGUGGACCUCAUCUACUUUUACCAUGCUGGCAAAGUCUACUGUGGUCGUCACCAUGCCGAACGUCUGCGCCCACGCUGCCAAGCCUGUGAUGAGAUCAUCUUCUCCCCUGAGUGCACAGAGGCUGAGGGCCGGCACUGGCACAUGGGUCACUUCUGCUGCUUCGAGUGUGAGGCAUCGCUAGGAGGGCAACGCUAUGUCAUGCGUCAGAGCCGUCCCCACUGCUGCACCUGCUACGAGGCCCGCCAUGCAGAGUACUGUGACGGCUGUGGGGAGCACAUUGGCCUGGACCAGGGCCAGAUGGCUUAUGAGGGCCAGCAUUGGCACGCCUCAGACCGCUGCUUCUGCUGUAGUCGCUGUGGGCGAGCCCUCCUCGGCCGCCCCUUCCUGCCACGCCGUGGCCUAAUCUUCUGCUCUCGAGCCUGCAGCGUGGGGUCCGAGCGCACGGCUUCGGGGCCUGGCCGCCGAAGCUGGAGUGCGGGCACAGUCUCCACACCACUCGAAGCUUCCACAGCCUCUUUCUCUGCUGCGGAGGGGACUUCCGAGACCGCCACCAAAGGCACCAGCACUGAGGUAGAACCUGCUGCAGGCCCCGAGGAGCCCACCCGCUUUCUGAGAGGGGCCCCUCACCGCCACUCCAUGCCUGAGCUGGGGCUCCGCAGCGCCCCUGAGCAACCCCCUCGGACCCCCAGCCAGCUGGACCCUGAAGACGGUUCAUUCAGUCGCCAAAGUGCCCCUCGUGUCAGCUUCCGGGACCCUCUGGUGUCUGAGGGAGGCCCUCGGCGGACCCUGAGUGCGCCUCCAGCCCAGCGCCGAAGGCCUCGAAGUCCCCCUCCCAGGGCCCCCACACGUCGCCGCCACCAUCAUCACCGCCACCGCCAGCCUGGCAGACUUCACCACCAUCAAUGUUACUUGGGCUCGGGGUCAGACUCAGAAUCUUGCUCCAGCUCACCCUCCAGCUCCAGUUCAGAGUCCUCGGAGGAUGAUGGCUUCUUCCUGGGGGAACGCAUCCCGCUUCCCCCGCACCUGUGCAGGCCUCUGCCUGCUCAGGACACUGUAACGAAGACCCCCAACUCUCCAUCUCCACUGCCCCCUGAGAACUCGGGCUCAGGGAUGUCUCGCCAGGCCAGAGACAAGAACUGCAUAGUAGCUUGAAGGCGAGGCAGUUCUGGGGGGCUCCAUUUCUCCAUUCUCAAGUCAGUAGUUGACUUGAGAAUAAAUCUCCUUCCUUCCUCCCUCUGUUUUUACUAUUGAAGUAACUUAAU